CGCAACUUUUUCUUCUCUUUGUUUCUAAGAUUCUAAUGGACCUACGGCAGCUUUCAGAACCGGGCCAAAGCGGGUUAAAGGCAGGUUAGAGGCGGGUUGGACCGGGAUCAGGACAGCCCAGGCCCCGAUGGACCCUGUUUGGACCAGAACCCGGAUCAUGAGUCAUUAGGAUUAAAUUCUCGGAACUUUCUGCCGUCUCCAUGGAGAUGACAUAUUUUCCCGCCAUCUAAGCAGUUGAUCACGAUCUGAUCAGGGAUCAAUCAUCUAUAUCGGUAACGUAUUGAUCGUGAUGGGCGCGCUCCCGUUGUUUUUGCUCGUGCUCUGGAUUUGUGAGCACGCCAGGAGCACGUUCCCGAUGCGGGCCUCCUACAGCCUGUAUACCGGCGGGCACACGCACACGCACGGAGCCCGCGCAGCCAGCAGACACAGGAACUGGUGUGCAUUUGUGCUCACAAAGACAGUGAGCUGUGUGGUCGAAGAUGGGGUCGAAACCUACGUGAAGCCUGACUACCAUCCAUGUAGCUGGGGCAGUGCACAGUGCAGCCGUGUCGUGGUGUAUCGGACCUACAUGAGGCCACGCUACAAAGUGGACUACAAAACAGUGACGGAGAUGGAGUGGAAGUGUUGCCACGGUUACAGUGGAACGGACUGUACCAUUGGCCCAACUGGUGGAGCAGGAACUCAUGUGUCCAAUGGAGUAGGGACUGGAAGUGCUCUGGGAACUGGACAGAAUGGAGGGCGACAGGACCGUGAGGAAAUAAGGAAGUUGGAGGAAAAGAUCCAAAGGCUGACGGAGAAACUGCAGGAUUUCCAGUCCACUAUGAACGAACAUUUCCGUCAUGAACCCGUCAAACCAGGAAAAAACCCAGCAGAUGCAGCUCCGCCGGAGAUAAAAGAGACGAUCCACAGCAUUCAGACCAAACUGGACCAGCUAGACAACCGCACCAAGGCUCAUGAUAAAACUCUGGUCAGCAUCAACAACCACCUGGUUAACGGGAAAGGAAAUGAGCUGGAUGGAGAUGUUUCAGGUGGAGGACUGAGUGGAGAGAAGCUGAACUCACUGAAGGACAACAUCCUGAAGGAGCUAGAGAGCAGAGUGUUGCUGUCCUGCUCGUCCUGUCAGGCUGGUGUGGAGGAUCUGCGGCGACAGCAGCGGGAAGACCAGGAGAGGAUACGAGCUCUGGAGAAGCAGCUGAAUGCCGCUGAUGUUCGGUACCAACAGGACAUAGAGAGGCUUCAACAGGAAGUUCAGCGCUCCCAGAGAUGUUGUGACUCCAUCGGUGACCUCCAAAGUCGCAUUGGUGAUGCCGAAAACAAGAUCAGCUCGGCCUCUGAGAACAUCAACAUUCUGCUCAAACGUCUGGAGCCCAGCAGAACAGGUGGAACCAAUAACGGUGGAGAAUCCAAAGGAGGAGGUCUGGCUGGUGGAGAGGGAAGCAAAGAUGGUGGGGUGACAGGUGACGGACUGAGGAAUCUGCUGGAGGACCUAGAGCUUCACAUCAACAGCAGUGUUCAUCGAACUGAGCAGAUCUGCUCUUACCUGGAAAAAGACCUGAAAGACUACGUCCACAAAGAGCUGGACGACCUGAGGACUGUGUUGUCUGACCGGUUCGACGACCGGACCUUCAGGAUCGAAGAUGUGGAGUUGGAGGUGGAGCAAGUGAAGAGAGAGUUGGUUGACCAUGACAAGAGGCUCUCAGAGAUGGAGAACAGCACCUUUGAAAUGAGUCGCAGGAUGGAGGAGUGUGGUUGCAGAGGUCAUGAAGGUGGUGGAGGCGGAGUGGGUGGAGCAGGAGAAGCUGAGGGAGGUGUUGUUGGAACAAGUGGAGGUAAAGGAGGAGCAGGAGAAGAUGGGCGAGGUAUCUUCGGAACAGGUGGGGGAGAAGGAAGUAGAGAAGGAGAAUUAUCUGGAGGGAGAGAAAAUACGACCAAGAAAUCUCUGGAGUGGAGAGUGAUCGCCAACGAGGGUCAGAUUCGACAUUUCAACACUCGACUGAAAGACCUCUCGGUGUCAGGAGACUCUCUGCAUGACCGGGUUUUGGACCUGAGCCACGACGUCCGGGCGAUCAAGUCUCUGACCUCGGACCACGGGGAGCACUUCGAACGGAUCGUGAAGGAGGUGGAUAUGCUGGGGCAGGACUGCGAGCUCUGUGGGAAGGUUGAGGAAGAGUUCCGAAGGUUGAAGAAUCAGUCCCAGGAUCUGAGCAGGAUCCAGGAGGUUCUGCAGAACAUGCAGAACCAGAUCAGCCUAAUCCAGACCAGACUGGACUCAGAAGGAGGUGGCUGCAAUCGUAUCUGCUUGCUCCUGCAAGACGAAGUUCAUUCACUGCGAGACAACGUUACAAGGUGCACGGAGCGAUGUAGGACGAGUUCUGACACGUUUACAGCAGGUGAUGGCUCCAGCAGUACUGGUGUCCCUGGUACCGGAUAUGGUUCCAGCUUGGAAGCAGAGAAGCCUUUAGAUGGUCACAGCGUAAUUGGAGGAUCCUUCAACAACAUGCAGCUGAAGACACUGCAAGGCGAGCUCACCGAGAUCAUCUUCACCUUCAGCUCCAUCAAUGACACCCUGAAGGGCCUGGAACACACGGUGCAAAAACACGGCAGCGUCAUAACCGACCUGGGAAACACCAAGGAUAAGAUCAUCUCUGAGCUGGACAAAAUGCAGCAAGAAGUGACGGAGCACAUCCAGGAGAGCCAGGAGCGUCUGGAGAGGAUGGAUCAGGAUAUCCGCCGCUUUGAGAGCAUGGUGGUGGUGGAGGUGGGGGACUGUAGGAGGUCUGGAGAUGGUCUGGAGAAGAGACUUUCCAAGCUGGAAGGAGUCUGGGGCAGGCUGGACAGCGUAUUUGACUCCAUCUAUAAGGUUAAAGAAGGGCUGAAUCAUCACGUGUCGGGUUUGCAGACACACAUCUCUGGUCUGAACCAGUCUGUCAUCCAGCAUGGAGGAAUCCUGGAUCUUAUUCAGAAGAGCCAGAACAACAUCCACAGCAGGAUGAAGAACUUGAACUCCAGCCUAAACCAGGUCCUGCAGAGUUUCUCUGAUCAGACUGGCCUCCAAGGAGCUCAAGGAGAGAAGGGCCUCCCUGGGGUCCCGGGCCCCCGGGGACUCCCUGGACCUUCUGGACAAAAAGGAGACACUGGCUCCCGAGGUCUUCCAGGUCCAAAAGGUGAACCAGGUCUUCCUGGAGUUGAUGCUCAUAGACCCAGGCUGUCGUUCUCUGCUGGCCUUACUGCUCCCAAGGAAACAACAGGAACCAUUGUCUUCAACAAAGUCUUUGUUAACAAGGGCAACUUCUACAACCCAGCAACAGGUAUUUUCACCGCCCCUGUAGAUGGACACUACCACUUCAGCGCCGUCUUGACGGGACAUAAGAAUGAAAAGAUCGAAGCCGUCCUGGCCAAGUCCAACUACAGCAUGACCCGCAUGGACUCAGGAGGCUAUCAGCCUGAAGAUCUGGAGGCCAAGCCUGUGGCUGAAUCUAAAAUCAGUACAGGCUCUCUGGCUGUCUUCAGCAUCAUCCUGUCUCUGCAGCGUGGGGACACGGUGUGCAUUGACCUGGUGAGGGGGAAAUUACCCCACUCUGUAGAGCCCCUCACCAUCUUCAACGGCAUGCUGCUGUAUGAAGACCUGUGAACAUUCAUGUGUCUAAGAACACCUGGAGCUGCAAGGGGAGCAGCUGCCUGGAUUUAGGACAAUCCCACAGGAGCAGCGAACAUGAUUUGACCUUCUCAGUCAGGUGUGAUUCAAAGCCGAGGAAGCCUAAGAAUUCCCAUGACCCUCCCGGCUUGAUAUUUGUCUCCAUUCUCCACAAACAACAUGCAGCAGGAGGGGAUUUUAUUUGUGUUUGUGUUCUGUCCAAUCAGCAGAUCUCAAAUCGUCACAUGAUCUGACCCAAACACCUCUGAAGCCAAGCUGUAGGAUACCAACUUCUGUGGUGAAGAGUAAGAUGAAUCCAGAGUUUUCCCUGCUGAGUGCAGAUCUUGACAGCCAAAAGCCAAGCAAACAUUAUAAUAAUGUUAUAUUGCCCUGUCAAACACCGUUAAUAUCCAGAAUCUGAAUUGAAAAUGGGAAGGUUGUCCAGAAGGUGGAGCUACAGAGCUGUGGACUCAUUCAGAUCUUAGGAUUUUUACGUUAGUGGAGCAGAAACCACAGGAGAACUUGGACUGAUGAUCUGAUUUAUGUUUGAAAUUAUAUUUGCUAAAAUGUUUGGAUGCAGAAGUGUUUAUGAAAUAUUGUUGUCUUCACAUGUUAAUGCACUGCCACGUACUGCAGAAGAGUAGUAGAUCAGUACAACUCCUCCAAACACAAACCCAGGUUGCCACGUGACAACCAUUAUGACCAUGCCUGAUCUACAGCCUGAACAUCACCUUAUUAUCUUUAUACAGAAUACAACCAAAUAAAAACAAUCAUAAACAGGAACAAAUUCAGGUUCAUGUUUCCUGCUAACUGACCCUCUUUCAGUCCAACCAGGAUCUCUUGGGCUCCAUUUAGACUCCCAGUCCAACAAAGUCCAUGAACUUUGUCAGAAACGGUUUCAAUAAGACAAUAAAAACAAGAAAACUCAUUAUUUUUUUCCCUUCGGCCUUUCAAAGGCUUUAUUUAAGAUUAACAAUAUUUCUAUUCAUUUUCCAAAAUGCUCCCUCAUGAUGCCAGUUAUAUUCACAUUAAAACACAGCACGAACCCCUCCUAUCCCUGUAUGAUGACAUAUAAAAAACAAUGGUUCUGUGGGUCCAAACACGAUGACAUGAAUGGGAUAUGGUGAAAUAUCAAAUAUUGCCAUGUCUUUUAAUGCACUCGUGUUAUGAAUAGUGCACAUGUUCUGGGAUCAGUGAUGUGAUAUUCACCAGGUUGUGCUGUUUCAGGACAGAGAUCCAGUCGUCCUUCCUGCUGGUGUUUUCAGCUGCCGGGUGCAGCACAACUUACAGAACAUCUCGAUUCAGUUAAUUCAGAGGUUUACGGCAUGAAGAAAACUGUCACUGGUUAUAACUGCUGAACAACUAGAUGUCUGAUAGUUCUCCUGACCCACACUCAUUUCUUCAGAUGUUCCUCCCUGACGUCCAGACUUUCAUGUAAUCUGUGUACAUGUUCUUGCAGAACAGUUCUCCAGGUGUUCUGAGAGGAUUUCUCAGGAGUUGGUGUCCUUUAUACUUUGGUCCCAUCCCCUUCUAGUCAUGGAUCUUCACCAUUUUCAGUUAGAAAACUCUGCAAGCAGCAGGUGCUCAGCUGAGGGAUGAAGAAUCUCUCAGGUUCUGUGUCAGAUCUUGGCUGGAUUUGUUCCUGUUUCUUAAAGACAUGAAGAUCAGACAUGUUCUGGAGAUCUUAUGACCACAUUAUGGCUUGCACUGGACUGACACCAGACAAAGCAGCCAGAACCGAAAGACACACUCUGACAGAUCUUCAGAAAGUCUGAAGAACUUCUGAAGACCCCUUUUAAAAGACCAGAGGAAGUCUUUAUCACAGGAAAACAUGAAGAAAGACUCUUCUCAAAGUUCUGUAUUGUGAUGUAUACAGUGCUGGGAACAUUAUUCACCCCCUCACAGAGUUCUUGUGCUUUUUGCCUUUUUGUGUCAUUUUAAACGUUUCACAGAAUGAAACAUUUUAUUAUCAAAGAUUAUUAAAUACAGAAAUCUGUUUUAAAAGCAGCUCCCUAAAACCGCCUGUCCCUAUGUGAAAAAGUAAUGACACCUCGGGUAAAUAAUGAAUUAAUUGUGAUUAGCCACAUUUCCUUGAUUCAGUUUCCCUGAGCACACUUGGUUCUGAUUACUGCCAGAUCUGUAGAAUCAAAUAAUCCUGUAAACAGAACCUGUCUGACAGCAUGAAGUAGGCUAUAAGAUCUCAAAGAGCAGCUGAUCAUGUCCUGAUCUAAAGAAAUUCAAUAACAGAUAAGGAACAAAGUCGCUGACGUCUGUAAGUCUGGAAAGAGUUGCCUAGCCAUUUCCAAGGCUUUGGGACUCCAGAGAACCACAAUGAGAACCAUUAUCUACAAACAUGGAAUAGUGGAGAAUCUUCUCAGGAGAAGCAGAACUACCAAAAUUGAUCCAAGAGCUCAUCAGCGACUCUUCCAGGAGGUCACAGAAGAACCCAGAACAUCUAAAGCUCUACAGGCCUCCCAGCCUCAGUUAAGGUCAGAGGUCAUGAUGCAACAAUAAGAAAAAGAGACUGGACAAAAAUGGAAUCAUACCUACAGUCAUUUAAUGAGAGGCAGGGUGCACACAGACCCACACUCAUACACUACCUAACUGACAGAGACCAAUUAACCAAACAGUCAUAUUCAUGACCUAUGGGAGGAAGCCAGAAAAGCUGGAGAGAACACAUGCAUGCACUGCAAAAACAUUCAGACAGAUUCAAAGUCAGUUGUAUCCAUUCAAAUAUGAUCUCAGUUAUUAAUAAAAUGCAGUCAAGUUCAGUUAUUUCACUGCAAGUAGUAGAAGCUUUCCUACCUGGGGAAACCCAGCAGGCUGCAUGGUGUAGUUACCUUUUGGCAGCAAUGAACGUGUUGUGCAAUCAGGAUGCUUAUAUUAUUUAAUAUUUCAUUAAAUAAUCACUUGGUCUGUCAAGUAUUGUCCUGUGAAUGGCAGUGCAAUUAAGACAAUAGAUGAAAGAGUGAAUUGAGCACUGGCAUUACUGAACAGCUAAACUCUGCACACACAUGGAACAACUUAAAAUAUAAGAAUUUAUGAACAAAAAUUAUUCAACUCUCUUAACUCUCUUAACAAACUCUCUAACAGGCUAGAACAAUUCAACUAACACUACCAAGCCAUGUACAUGCAAUGGCUACAUUAGCAGCUUUCUGCUGGGCAUAUGCUAUUGGGACAUAAGUGUAACAUGUAGGAGAAUUCAGGCGGAUGGAUGAGAAACUUUUAAAGGAGCUGGUUUGACAUUUGUGCCGUUUGGUUUAAGCUGUGACCUGAUGAUGCAUCAGAAAUAUUCACUAUAUUCACCCUUUUUAUUAACACAUGAUACUUCCUGCAUAUUUGAAAACGAUGGACAGUUUGAACGUCUCAGCUGGAAAUGAUGUUUGCUUUCUAGAGAAGUAUUUAAAGUGUUUUACCUUCAGAUUUAUAUCUGAUAACACAUUAAACAUCUUAUUGCUGUUAUCUGUUAGUGACAAUGUGACAAGUUUCCAUCAGUAAGCCGCUGAUGAACUCAUAUGUAAUAUUUUUUCUUUUACUCGGACCUGAAGCAACGUGAGGUUCAUGCUUUCUUCACUCAGGAUUGUACAGAACAUGUUCUCUGUCCAUUUUUUGCUUUACAUUUCUGUAACAGCGAUCUGUAAAGCUAACAUAAGUUUUAGGUUUCACAAAUGCUUUGUUAAAAAGCUCAUUAAAUUUAUGAUUAGCUGUUGGUUUUUGGUUCAUGUUAUUAAAAUUCAUCGUUUGCCACACAUUUCAUGAA